AUGUUGAAAGACCAACCAGUUGCAUUUUUCCUCCCCUUCCUGUUGUCGACCCUGAUUGCAAAAGAGUCAUUUACUUCGAAUCUUGUGAUUGGAGUGCUUGUCCAGCUUGAUUUGCGGGCGUUGGUGUUGGUGUGCAGAUACGAGCUACAAUACGCCGUGGCCGGGCGUAGUGGAGGCAGCGAUGACACCUUCGCAAAUUGGAAAUCUGCGGAGGGGAACACCCACGACACCUGGGACAUCACCAUCCAAGUGGACGGGUUUGACAGGUCUAUUGGGAGGAGACACAUGGUAGAAGACGGAUGGUUCACUCUUGCGCUAUCUCGGGCGUACCCCAAGCCUAGUUCGCUGCCAGACCUGUGGUUGGAUACGGAGCCAAUCGGUUGGGAUGAUACCUGGGCAGACAUGGAGGCCAAAGUUCAAAAGACCCUCAGAGAAUCUAGGCAUCCCCAGUACUCCUCUUGGACGGUUGCCGUGGUGAGAUGCGACGAGACUGAAGAGCGGGGCGGCAACCAUUGGGCGGGGGGGUGUCGUUUCCUCGAGUACGGGGGCUUCACCUGGCACCUACGGCUGUCCCCCCCACCCGGAGAUGCUUCAGCUACGCGUGAGGAUUUCCCGGUGGUGACGGUGACGAAAGAAACAAUCACGGCGAAAUGGAGUGGAGAUGGCGAUCAGAUGUCUGUGGGAACGACGGGAGGGGCUGCCGGGAUUAGCACAAAUACCGUACCGGUGACCCCAUCUCCCAAAGCUCCGAAGCUUUCAUCUUCAACCCCAACCAGCCUCACCGUGUUUGUGGACACGGCAAGCACGGCCGGAGCGGCGGAGAUCGAGGGAAAGAAACGCAUCAUCUCUGACAUUUCGGGUGGAAUCCCUAAUACUGACAGAACGCGUGAGCGGAAUUGCCACGUUUCUCUGGGGCUGUUCCAUUUUCCAAGGCUGCCAUGUUUUGAAACGGUUUGGCCAACACCACUGCUGUGGUUUCGAUUCUACCGGUUGGCGUCUGCGGUACGCACUUCGCAGGCCUACGAGUUCGAAGUCCAGCGGCACGAGGAUGACGGCUACAGAGGGGACACCACGCGGUGGAUUCCGGUCUUAACACAUGCCGACGACAAUAGCGAUGCCGCAGUACCGCUGGCAACAGCAACGGAGCUGUCGCCGUUCAGCAGCUACCGCUUCAGGGUGAGGGCCAGGCACAGCAACGGACUUAGCCUGGUCAGCGGUGUGUCGGAGCCUUUUACCACAGGCAAGAUAAACGUCGAGCACACGAAAAACGGAUUUACACUUGCGCUGAAGCAGGUUGUGAAAGGUCGGCGACAGAUGUUUCAUGAUGGCGUUAGCGAACUUUCGAAGGAACGUGUGCACCUGUGUGUAUUGUUCGUUGCUCCGAGAGUCAACUUGAGGCCUGGGACUGCCAACACCCUCGCCGUUGGCGCCUACUGUGGACGUGACGUCGAUAACUCCCAGCACGAUGGCGGUCAAGUGGUCGUCAUGGGCACUGGCAGGGGGAGCCAGGAGGACUGGCGAGCAACCGCGGAAGGGCUCGAGGCCUACUCCCAGCACCGAUUCCGGGUGCGAGCCGUCAACGCGGUCGGUGCCGGCGAGUGGUCUGCAGCUAGCGAUUGGGCCAGGACCGAAGGGAAACCCUCGACUACCGCCGGCGUCGAAGGCUUCGAGGCGGAGGCGAUCGAUUCAGGUGAUACGGUUUGUUCACUGUGA